AUGCAGAAGAAGAAAUCAACAGUUGCACGUAGAGCUUGGAACAUUCUCCGCCUAGCCUUGUUAUGGGCAAGAAAAGAUGGCAUUUUCAGGAACAGGCACCUUACAGCCGAUCUCCGUUUGCUUCCCAAAUACAUUAAAAGCCUCCGUCAUACCGAUGACUAUGGUUACGGUGUUGGUCCCGGUGUGUUACAUUAUGGGGAGCGUGAGUUUUCCUUUGAUGACACCCCGAUCAUUCAUGUCAAGAUGCAUCGCCCUGCUUCCUUGCGUUUCAAGAUGCCUAACAUCCCCUGCAUCAAACCUCAAGUUGACUUUGACUUUAACUUUGAAAAUGAUCAUCAUCUUGACGAUGAAAUGUACCAUGGUUAUGAUGAUGAUGUUCCAAGGAGAAGUUUUUUGAAGGGUGCGGAUGAUGAUAAUGAAGACGAUGAAUAUGCGAGCUGUGAGGUCACACAGGAGAUUAGUUGUCCUGGUGAUGAAGCUAUUGAUAUGAAGGCUGAUACACCUCCUUUUUCCGCCCUCGCGGGG